AUGUCUAUUUAUGUGACAUAAUGACACAUUUUUCAAAGUAUAGCUAUAUUCUUCAUUUUUUCUUUGUUAUGGUUAUACAGCAAAUUGUCCCAUCCCACUUUUCUGCUUUCUAUUUCUUUUUUUUGUUGUAAUUUUUUUAAUUUGUUUAUUGUCUAGAAACAUAUUGAGGUAACUCUCAAUGAGGGUGUCCUCAAACUCUUAACCCAAGUAUCUAUUCUACAACAGUGUCUUGUCUAGGAGAGAUCAAAGAAAAGCUCGCGUGUGUGUUUGUUCUGCCAUGGACCUUGGCGAGAGGACACAACGCACCGUCACCGACGAAAGUUUGAGACAAUGUGGAUCUGCAAGAUAGACGUUAAAGGUUACAGAGUUUGUCGGAGCUGAGCGAUGACGUGUAAUAGAAGUUACUGUUUCAGUUGUUUCAAUAGAUUACCUGUACUUCAAAAAUGUUGAACACGACUUAUCAGAGAUGAAAAAUAAAUAUACGUGUUGGGGACAUUAGUUUCGUUAUACUUGUUAUUCAGUAAAUAAAUAUGUGGGGUUGCAACAUAUAUUGUAUGUGUCAUCAAUAUAUUCAUUUAUGUAUGUUUCUGUGAUGACUGAUAAUGAGACAUAACCACCAACAAUCACAUUAUUCACUUUUUGUUUUUGUACAAUUUUUUAAUGCUUUUGUGAUUUUUACAUCUUUUCCUCCAUGAGUUCCUGUCCAGAAGCAUAUAAAAUUAAAUUAUUAAAACAUAAAGUAUAUUUGCUUCCGUUUUGUUCAGAUAGUUCCUUACUUAUUUGACCAAAACAAAUAUUUUUUUUUUUUACAUUUUUUUACUUCUUCUUUAAUACACUUCUUUCUUCUUCUUGAUCGUGUUCAUCUCAUCAUUUCACUCUUCUCUUUCUUCCCUCUCUCUCUCUUUAGUGUUUUUUUUUGUUUAUGAAAAAGUCUUUAGACUUUGGAAUUUCCGAUCAGAAACACACAAAAAUGAUGAAAAUGACAAUUGGAACAACCGCCGCCGGCGACGGUGAAUGGGAGCUCCGACCUGGUGGAAUGGUUGUACAGAGACGAACAGAUUAUAGCUCCAACGUACCACAUGUCAUCCGUGUUCGGGUCAAAUACGGGUCGGUCCAUCACGAGAUCAGUAUCAACUCUCAAUCUACUUUCGGGGAAUUAAAGAAGAGAUUGUCUUUUAAGACAGGAGUUCAUCAUGAAGACAUGAAGAUUCUAUACAAAGACAAAGAAAGAGAUUCAAAAAUCUUUCUUGAUCUUUGUGGUGUCAAAGAUGGUUCGAGACUGGUUCUCAAAGAAGAUCCAAUUUCUCAGGAGAAACGUUUCCUUGAGAUGAGUAAACUUGUCGCUAAAGAGAAAGCCAAUAAAUCAAUAUCCGACAUUAGCUUCCAAGCCGAUAGACUCGCCGGGAAACUGUCGGCGUUUGAUGCAGUGAUUGGUAAAGGAGUGAAAGUUGAAGAGAAGAAUCUGGAGAAUCUGCUAGAGAUGUUGAUGAAUCAGUUGGUGAAGCUCGAUGCGAUUCUAGUCGAUGGAGAUAUUAAACUGAAGAAGAAGAUGCAGGAGGAAAGAUUACAGAAGUACGUUGAGGCACUGGACGCAUUGAAGAUCAAGAACUCAAUGCAACCACAAACGCAACUGAAACCUCAAACACAACCGCAGCUAAAACCGCAUAUACAACCACAACACAAGGAACGAGAUGUGGUGACAGUUGAGGAGGAAACGUCGAGAAAAUGCACGGCCUUAUCGCCAGGUCCUCCCGUUAUCAUAACGACGAGAUGGGAAACGUUUGAUUCCAAUGCCACCUAUGCGGCCGAGGCUAAAACGGUUAAACCGCUCCAUCCAAAAUUCAAAUGGGUAUUAUUUGAUUAGUAUAUGUAUACAUACAUAUACUGUGCCUUACACGAUAAUAUUAGAUAUUAUAUAUUUUCAGAUUUUGUAAUAUAUGUGGGUUUUUGUUCUUUCUAAUUGUGCAUGUUUUUGUGGUUGAACAUUUAGGUUUAAUUGUGUCGUGUGUCGUAGGCUUAUAGCCUUAAGGAUAGCUUCAACCAAUAAUGAGACCUAAGUUAAUCGCGUCGCGUGAG